AUGUCCGACCAGUCUGCGUUCAAACGGGCCAACGAGGCGGUUUCAUACCUCCGCUCCAGCUUGCCCGAAGGCCUACAGAAGCCCCAGGUUGCGAUUGUAUGUGGCUCAGGCCUGGGAGGGCUCGCGGAUACCAUCCACCCCGAGUCACGGGUGGAAUAUGACUACAAGUCUAUCCCCCACUUCCCACAGUCAACGGUUGCUGGACACGCGGGAAAGCUGGUGUUUGGACAUCUUGGCCAGAAGAUCCCUGCCGUUUUGAUGGUCGGUCGUGCUCAUUACUAUGAGGGACACUCCAUUGAUCAAGUGGCAUUCCCCAUUCAAGUGUUCAAGGAGCUGGGCGUGGACACGGUUGUCUGUGCGUUCUACAACCAGAGAAUACAAGGAAAGGAUACUGAGAGUUAUACAGUGACCAAUGCGGCCGGAGGGCUCAAUUCCGAGUAUGAAGUGGGAGAUCUCGUCCUAUUGAAUGAUCAUCUCUUUUUGGCGGGAUUGGCGGGAACCCAUCCUCUGAGAGGGCCCAAUGAGGACGACUUCGGGGUGCGAUUCCCACCCCUUUCUGAUGCCUAUGACCUUGAGCUUCGACGACACGUGCACCAAACGUGGAAAAAAAUGUCAUCUUCGGAGAACCGGAAAUUGCACGAGGGAGUGUAUGCUUAUGUUGGAGGCCCAACCUACGAGACAAGAGCCGAGAGCCGGAUGCUUCGCAUGAUGGGAGCAGACGUGGUAGGAAUGUCCACAGUACCGGAGAUUGUCACUGCCAGACACUGUGGCCUUCGAGUGCUUGCCUUCAGUUUGGUCACCAACAAGGCUGUGUUGGCACCUGUGCCCCGAGGAGAUGAGGAAUCAUUCCAAGGGAAAUCAGCAGAGGAGUUGAAUGCUGUUCUCGAAGAAGGCAAGGCAGGACAUGAAGAGGUCCUGGAGGCUGGCCGAGCGGCAGCCCUUGACAUGCAGGACCUGGUGGCCCAAACCCUGUUGGGUAUCUUCUCCCAUGUUUAA